AGACGUGAAUUCGUAGGCCUCAUCCUUUCCGAAAGCUCACCAGUCGCCUACAAAUUGCUGUGCGAGAUGACCGCCAAGACCGUGCGUUUGGAUUGGCCAACAGAUUGUCCCGAACUUCUCUCUCAGCUUAUACAAGGUGUUACCGACCCCAACACCGUGGUCGCCUCUAGCGCUCAUUUCGAGCAUGUGCGCAGUCAAACACACACACAGGCUCAGCUGGUACAGCUGGUUGGCGAUGUACGACUGCGAGCACUGAAGUUGAUGGGCAGCUGCGUUAAGGUCAUGGCAUCCAAAGUAGUGAACAAACGACAGUUCAGAGAGAUCAGUGGACAGCUCUUCAUGGGCGUCUACGGAAUUUGGCUGGAGAAGUACCGAACUCCCCCACAGGGCGAUGCAAGUGGAAUUGUGGAGUGGUGUGGCGUAGAGGCGCGCACAUGCCUGAAGCUGAUGCGCAAGUUGCUAUUGCACGGGUUUGGCGACAUUAAAAAGGUGCCCGAUUCAGCCGUUGUCAUGGCAACGAUAUUGGAGGCCACCGCCACUUGCGAGCAACGAGCGCGCCAAACCGUCUCGACCAAUCAAAUAUCCGCUGGGGGUGCGAGAGGAUGCGACAAUGCACACAACACAGCCAGACUUUUAAUGAAGAUACUAGUGACAGCCCAGGCACAGCAUCCCUUUGGCUACAUACCAUAUAUAGCGCACACUUGUAAUUUGGCGGUCAAUCGUAUACUCGAGGGUAGAGAGAAUAAUGAUGGCCGAGUGAAGUAUGUCCCAGGUGAGGGCGAGCGUGUGGUCACCAGUGACGACUAUCUGCUGCUGUGCUUGACGCUGGUGAAGAACUGCCUCUGUGAGGUGGAGUAUCAGGAUGAGGAAUCGACAGACGCACAAGCAGCCAAGCGAGAAGUCAGUUCGGUCCUAACCAACCAGAUGGUCGAUGCGCUGGUGCGCGUGUUAGUGGGACAGUACUUUCUGCUCACAACGGCCGAUCUAGAUGAGUGGAGAGAUAGCCCCGAGGCGUUCGCAAUGGAUGCCGCAGAUCUAACGCUCCUCGAGGUACGGCCUUGCGCCGAGGCUCUGUUCGGUGAGCUGGUCUGUCGGAUGAAACAGGCGGCGCUACCAGCAGUUACCAACAUGAUAAUGACCAUAUUUGGUAAUUCCGGCGCGGCACCCUGCGAUCCCAGUGACCUUCAAUCCGUACUAAUCAGAGACGCGGUGUACAAUGCGAUUGGCAUGGCCUCCUACGACAUCCACGACACCUUCGACUUCAAAUCCUUCCUCGUCAGCACAGUUCUGCCGGAUCUCAAGGUGCACUCGAGCACCCUCGCAGCCACACACCCAGCCACAGACACAGCCGCACGCACGCACUCGCCAGCCCAAACACCGUCGUGUAACUACUACUCGAUUAUCAGAAGGAGGGUGGCGUGGCUGCUCAUGCAGUGGUCGGAUGCGUGUGUGUUCACGGAGGAGGAGAUGCAGUUUCUCUACGUGGUCGUGCUGACACUACAUGCGGGACCCAAUGGAGCGGUCGUGUGUUUAGCUACCACGAACAAUGAGUACAUGCACAUCAUGAACGCACACCCACACGUCUAA